GUCAAGCAGCUUAAAUCAUCUAUGACUUAAAAUUAUAAUUAAGAAAAAACAAUGCCUAAAUAUGCAUAUAUUUCAAAUGUAUCACAUAACUUGUGACAUAAGAAAAUAUAAACAAAACAAAAAGGGCAAAAAAGACCUGAAAGCUUAGAGGCACACCUGCAUAGGUCCCACAGUUCACUCGUGACACCGUAAAAGGCAAAACACGAACCCGCCACGUUAUCACAAAAAGCAAGCCACGUCAAUAUAGUCUCACUGUCAACUACACUUAACUUACUAUUUUCACAUCUCAUUUUCCUAUCUUUAUAUAAACCCUCCAGGCUCCUCUUUAAUUUCUUUACCACCACCAACAACAAACAUAUAAACCAUAAGGAAAACAGAGAAAGAGAGAGAUGGAGGACGACAAUAGUAACAACAACAACAACAACAACGUGAUCGCACCUUUCAUCGUGAAAACAUAUCAGAUGGUCAAUGAUCCUUCCACCGAUUGGCUCAUCACUUGGGGACCUGCUCACAACAGUUUCAUAGUCGUUGAUCCACUCGACUUCUCGCAACGAAUCUUACCUGCUUAUUUCAAACACAACAAUUUCAGCAGUUUUGUUCGUCAACUCAACACCUAUGGGUUUAGGAAAGUGGAUCCGGACCGGUGGGAGUUUGCGAACGAGCAUUUUCUAAGGGGACAGAAGCAUUUGUUGAAUAACAUAGCGCGUAGGAAACACGCGCGGGGGAUGUACGGUCAAGAUUUGGAGGACGGUGAGAUUGUGAGGGAGAUCGAACGGUUAAAAGAAGAGCAGAGGGAGCUAGAGGCAGAGAUUCAGAGGAUGAACCGGAGGAUCGAAGCGACGGAGAAGAGACCGGAGCAGAUGAUGGCGUUUCUUUACAAAGUCGUUGAAGAUCCUGAUCUUCUUCCAAGAAUGAUGCUCGAGAAAGAACGGACAAAGCAACAACAACAAGUUUCCGACAAGAAGAAGCGUCGUGUCACGAUGUCGACGGUGAAGUCAGAGGAAGAAGAAGUGGAAGAAGAUGAAGGGAGGGUCUUUAGGGUUAUGUCAUCAUCAACACCGUCGCCGUCAUCAACGGAGAAUCUUUACCGGAAUCAUUCACCGGAUGGGUGGAUUGUUCCUAUGACGCAAGGACAGUUUGGUAGUUACGAGACGGGUUUGGUGGCGAAGUCGAUGCUCUCGAAUUCAACGUCGUCGACGUCAUCAUCUUUGACGUCGACGUUUUCUUUGCCGGAGAGUGUUAACGGAGGAGGAGGAGGAGGAUGUGGGAGUAUUCAGGGAGAAAGAAGGUAUAAAGAAACGGCGACGUUUGGAGGAGUGGUAGAGUCAAAUCCACCAACAACACCGCCUUAUCCAUUUUCUCUGUUUCGAGGUGGCUUUUAGCGUUUAGCUUCACAUGAUAUAUGAUCUUUAGACUUUAUUAUUGUUAUAUUAUUAUUAUUAUUUAUUUUUUGUGUGUUUGUUCUUAAUUAUUUUAUGUAUAACCAAAAGAAAGAAAGAAAAUAAGGACAGAUCCAUAGUUGAGUCAGUAGUCAUCGUUUGUAGAAAGUUUUGACAGUAUAUAAUUUCUGAUUAUAUUUGUUAAAAGUUCAUAUGUUGACUUUGUUUUCCUUUUAAAAGUACUUUCAGGUGACUUGUGUAAUAUAUUCACACUUGUAAUAACAACAAUUUUGAUCUUCUUCACUACUUCAGUGUUUUGAUUUUUGAAUAAAGUAUUAUUGUAGCC